AUGUCGACCACACAUACCAGUCUAGACGCUGCAGCCAUCGAUCGAAAAGCCCGACUGGCCAAACUAGCCUCGCUCAAGCGCAAACAACCGGGUCCAGAUGUUACGGUUUCAAGCCAACAGGACGAGCAGGAGCAAGAAGGCAAAACAUCUACCACUGACACAUAUCUCUCAGGGAGAAACUACGAUGUGGUGACCAAGAAUGCGAAACUCGGGUUUGAAAACACCCCCAACUCCAACGUGGAGACUCUGGAAGAGCAAGCAGACCGCAUAGCAUCCACGACCGCUGAACAAGCAGCCAAGGACGGGGCUGAGGCAGAGAAGGGAAUCGAUCUGUUCAAACUUCAGCCUAAGAAACCCAACUGGGAUUUGAAAAGAGAUCUGGCGGAAAAGAUGAAGAUUCUGGAUGUCCGGACACAGAAUGCUAUUGCCAGACUUGUGAGAGAGCGGGUCGAGAAUGCAAAGAAAGAAGCCCUGGGUAAGGGAAAAUCUACACAGCCGGGUGAGGACGGCGUGGACGGUGAGCAGGGUGAAGAGGUUGGCAUAGAAGGUAGCACACUUGUCGAAGGCAUCCAUUUACGGGAGCAAGAGGACGAGAGAGAGGCCGCCUUUGAAGACGAUGAAGGCAUCUCUUGA